AGAUUUCAUUUAUUGAAGUUAAAGGUUAAAGGUUUCACUUGCGUUUGAAAACAAUAGUUUGUGACUAGUUUCGACUUUUAUUCGUCUCACCGGGUGUUUAUUGAGCUUUUCAUAAAGUUUGAUAGGUGCUGCUUAUAUAUAUAUUUGCUCCAGAUAUAUAUAUAACACAAACAAAACAAAAAAAAACUUGAAUUAAGGACUCCAUCCUUCUUCAUUUCCCGUUAGUGUCCAUCCUUUUUGGUUCCUUGGGUUUUACUUUCUACUUUACCUUUUUGCAUUUGUUCAGAGUUGGGAAAUCCAUUAUGUUUUGAUUGACUAGCUCGAUACUAUCAAUCUGUCCCAAAAAAAAUUCAUCAAAUUAACUGAAUCUAUUCAAUACUUUCACUGUCGUCACUCAUUAUGUCAUUAAUCAAAUUGAACAAGAAGAAAUCCAGCUUGAGUACAUCAAGCGCUUCUUCUAAUUCUAGUGGAGAAUGCUACUAUGCUCCACACACAAAUAGUUUUGCUAAAUUUGACGAAAAGAAAGAUUACUUUAAGAGGUGUAACAAGAAAUGUGAGAAGAAAUGUCCUUCUUCUGUUAGUUUUUGUUUAAGUAGGUAACUUUACUUAUUGUAAUAUACUUGUACCAUUACGAAAAAUGGGGUUUUGGGCAUCCC